GAUAGAUGCAGUUUUUUAACUAACAUUGGUUCCGCGCCUUUUUUUCAGCUGGUAUUUGAUAAAUUCUCUUUUCAAAUAGUGUAAUAACAAACUCCUGAAAAUUUACCACUGAGGUUACUCUCCAAAUUGGAUAGAUUAUAUUUUUGGAUGAUGGGGAGAAGAUCUGCAGUCACUUGUUCCUACCGUGAUAAUUAGGUUCAUUUUUUAGUGUAGAAAAUAGUAAGAAGUGCCUCAGAGUGGAAUUAUGUGGAAGGGACUUGCCACGACUGAAUUGUAUGAAGAAUUUCUGAGAAAUGGCCUGUGUGCCGAACACAGCAAAGAAUUCAUAUUGGCAUCAAAAAAUGCAGAUGUUGUGGAACUCAGAACUGAACUGCAAAGAAAGGCUCUAUUAUUCAUACGUUUGCGAAUGUUUGAUCCAAUUGUGUUCAAAAGGCCUUGUGUAUCUUCGAAGUUAAUGGAUUUACUAUCUAGAGAAGAAGAUGUACCAAAGAGGGAAAAUGGAAAUUUGGAUGACUUUAUUGAAAAAUUCACUCUGUUUGAUUCUGUUCUUGUCUUCAUCAUUUGCUAUUUUUCCCGAAUUUGCUGCAUAGGGGCUCUAUUUCUUAGAAAAACUAAACUAGAAGUGAACCCUGAUGUUCCACUGAUUGGAAUCCUUCAAAAUGUUUUAGAAAAGAAGCAUCUACUUGAAAGUGAAAUUAAUGUUUUGUUUCCUCUCUUGCAAAAAAACUUUAGUGAUCUUGAUCCAGACCAAAUACGACUUACCUAUGUGGCUACCUUGCUUUUCAUAAGAAGUUACAUCAGGCGAAAAACAUUAAAAUUUGUUACAGACCAGUUAGCAGCAGAAUUAAAAAUGAGCACAGAAUGUCAAGAGCUUAAUCUCAUGGGCAAUGAAGCUUAUAAAAAAGAACAAUAUAAAGCUGCCAUUGAGUUGUAUGAUUCAGCUCUUUCUAAAAACCCAUACUCCUACAUGAUUUUGAGCAACCGUGCUCAAGCAUACAAAAAAUUGGGAAAAUACAAGGAAGCUCAGUUGGACUGUUAUAUAGCUGUAGCCAUCAAUCCUACCUGGUGUUUGGGCUACUGUAAGUUAUCAAGUUCUCUUUAUUGUCAGCAGUUGUAUGACCAAGCCUUUUAUGUUGCUGAGUACGGUUUAUCAAAAUGUAAAAACAACCAAUCUAAAGACUAUGAGACUUUAGAGUCUCUCAAAUUAGAAGCUAGCUUUAAAAAAUCACCUACAAAAACUAUUAAAGAAAAUACUAGCAAAUCAAUGCUUUCAAAGAAAAAUAUCUCAGAUAAGACUUCUUCUAAUGAGAAAGAAAUCAAGAAAGAGAAAGAUUCACCUGAACAUUUGGAGAAUGCACAAAAUCACUCUUCCUCUAUUCAAAAAGAAUUACAAAAGGAGACUAAAAUAUCUGAGAAAAAUGUGCCUGAUAAAACUUCUCCUGGUGAAAAAGAAAUCAAGAAAGAAAAAGAUACACCUGAGCAUUUGAAAAAUAUCCCAGAUAAGACUUCUUCUAAUGAGAAAGAAAUCAAGAAAGAAAAAGAUUCACCUGAACAUUUGGAGAAUGCACAAAACCUCUCUGCCUCUUCUCAAAAAGAAUUACAAAAGGAGACUGAAAUAUCUGAAAAUAUGCAUCAUGGUGUUUCUGAAGAAAAGGAGUGCAGAGAGGAAGCAACUACUGAGAAAGCGAAGAUAGGAAAUAGUUCUUCUACACCCAAAAAAGCUGAUGAAUUUCAAAAGAUCCCAAAUGAAAAUGUGAGGAUAGGAAUUGAUUCUUCUGUACUCAAAAAAGCUGAUGAAUUUCAAGAGAUUCCGGAUGAAAAUGUAGAGCAAGAAAAAGAUCCUCCCUCUUCUGAAAUUAACCAUGGGGAAACACGUGAAAAAACUGAAUCUGCCAAUGAAGAAAAGAAAGCUGUCAAUCCUUCAGAGGAGAACUUAACUCAACUUUCUCCACAAAAAGAUGUUCCUCCUUUAUUAGAAGCCCCAGAAAGUGAUGACAGCUAUUCUGAGGCAGCCCCUCCUCUAAUGGAAGCACCAGAAAGUGAUAAUAGUGAUUCUGAGGCUGCCCCUCCUUUAAUGGAGGCACCAGAAAGUGAGGAUAGUAAUUCUGAGGAGGUUCCUCCAUUAUUAGAAGCACCUUCAGAAAGUGAUGACAGCUAUUAUGAGGAUGAAGCUGAAUUUGAAUCUCCUCCAAAUGAAAUAAUUCAAGAAGAAACCGCAUUAGAAUGUAAUGCAGGUCGGCAAGGACAUGAAAGUAAUUUGGAACAAAAUAUAGAGAAGGCCGCCCCUCCUUUAAUGGAAGCACCAGAAAGUGAGGAUAGUGACCCUGAGUUGGAACCAGAUACUGUUUCAAAAGCUUCAGGAGUUACUUCUCAAAGUCCUUCUGAAAUUCAAGACAAAUCUUGUGGAACUUCAGAUGAACUUUUCCAAGAAAUACCUGCAUAUAUGAGGACUGUUGUGAACCUAUACCCUCCGUUCCCCACCUCUUUCUUUCCCGAGGAAGAUUCUGGAGGUUCUACUGCAUAA